AUGGUUGAGCUGAUAGCGACUCCUCUAAGCGCGCUUGUUGAUGAGCCAGUGCAUAUCCGAGUUACAGGCCUGACACCUUUUCAGGUGGUAUGUCUUAAGGCAUCUUUGAAAGAUGAGAAGGAGAAUAUGUUUCAUUCUCAUGCCUACUAUAAGGCCAAUGAAGUUGGUGAGGUGGACUUGGAACGUGAUUCUGCAGUUGGAGGUGACUUUGUGGGUGUCCACCCUAUGGGUCUCUUCUGGUCCUUGAAACCUGAAAAGAUGUUAACUAGACUGGCAAAAAGAGAGGUGAUGAAUAGCCCCUUCCAAAUUGAAUUAAAACUUUGUGAGCCAAGUUUUCCAGUAAGAACUAGUAUUUCCAGUGCUCCAAAGGCCAGCCUGACUUUGGAAAGGUGGUAUGUGGCACCUGGUGUCACACGGAUCCUGGUAAAGAAAGGUCGCAUUCGGGGAGCCCUCUUUAUCCCUCCAGGAGAGGGCCCUUUUCCAGGAGUCAUUGAUUUAUUUGGUGGCAAUGGUGGACUGAUUGAAUUUCGGGCCAGCCUUCUGGCCAGCCAUGGCUUUGCCUCCUUGGCCUUGGCAUACUGGGCCUAUGACGACCUGCCUCCUCUACUAGAGAAAGUAAAUUUGGAGUAUUUUGAGGAAGCUGUCAAUUUUCUUCUGGCACAUCCGAAGGUCUUGGGCCCAGGUGUUGGGGUAGUCUCCGUUUGCAAAGGAGCGAUGAUUGGACUCUCUAUGGCUGUUCACCUAAAACAAGUCAUAGCCACUGUACUUAUUAGUGGGCCUAACUUCAUUCUUGACUGCACACAUGAAUACCGUGGUAAAAUCAUACCGUCUAUGCCCUGCUCUAUACACUUGGAAUCCUCCACAGCCUUAGGGUUUACAGAGUUUUAUCGCGUUUAUGAGGAAACUGAUUUUGAAUCUAGCCAGUCUGUACUUCCCGUUGAAAAGGCCCAGGGACAUUUCCUCUUCAUUGUCGGAGAAGAAGACAAGAAUAUCAACAGCAAAGUGUUUGCUGAGAAAGCUAUAAAACAGCUGAAGAGACAUGGGAAGAACAACUGGAGCCUGCUGUCUUACCCUGGGGCAGGCCACCUGAUAGAGCCUCCCUAUUCUCCCAUGUGCUGUGCCUCAAGAAUCUCCUUUGUAACCUCACCCAUCCACUGGGGGGGAGAGCUUAUCCCACAUGCAGCUGCACAAGAACAUUCUUGGAAAGAGAUUCAGAAAUUUCUCAGACAGCACCUCAUUCCAGGCCAAUCAACCAGUCAACUGUGA